AGGAACUCCAAGCCUCGGGGUAUCAGGAAAGGGGCGGGGCCAGGAGCUGGUAGAAGGGGUGGGUCCGAGGCCCACCUGCAGGGAAAAGGCAGGUCGUGUAGGAGCAGGGCACCGAGAUAAUUGUAGACUCCAAACUCCGGACCGCCGCGCUCACGCGGGGUCCCCGUCUUCAAACGAGGCCCGAGGACCGCGACCCGAGCCGGAAGGGGUCCAAAUGAAGGGGCUUGGCCCCGACUUUGGGGAGAGGUGGCCUACCCGGCUCUGUCCCUCUCCUCCGGCUCGGCGCUGCGCGCUCGGAGCUGACCUCGGAGCUCUGUCCUAGGAACUGGCAUGCAGGCGGUGUUAGAGAGCACCUGUGCGGAGUGGAGGCGCGGUAUGGCCUCCGCCGAACACAUGUCCUCUCUGGGUCUAAGGUCACUGUGGGCAGCUCCAGACUUGCACCUUCGUUGCGUGCACGCGUGUUUGCGAAGGGAAGCUGAGCUCCAGCACCCAGCGCCAGUCCCCACCUCCAACCCCCCCUGCUCCCUCGAGACCUCAGGAGCCCGGGCGCAUCCCGUCCCUCCCACAGCUGGAGCCUGAGUCACGAACUGCCUCUCAGGGAGACAAAGGAGCCUCGGGUCCUCCCCUGCAGACCUCCCCCCCAACGUACAUUCUUCAGCAUCUGCACUAGCAGGGAAUCCAUGGUCCCUUGCAAUUGCAAUAUCUGCUUCUUGGGUAACCUUCCACCAUAGACGAAAUGGGAGCAAGAUGGGCUUGGCAAUGACUCACGGAGGGCACCCACGGUGGAAUAACCGUCUUAGCACAGCUGUGGUGGGGGCUCCCAAAAGGCUGCAGGCUCCUAUGUUUUUCGACCGGAGACCCGUUGGCCGCUCCCUGCAGCCCCGAGGAAGAAGAGCUAGCAGCCCAUCUUGCAGAUGAGAAAACUGAGGCCCAGAAAUGUUGAUCAGUCUUAUUAGAGUCAGAAUUCCAACUCAUAUUAGUCUGGAUCCAAAGUGAAGAAUAAAUAGGAGUUCUCAGUGUGAGGGGCUGGAAAGGCAUUCCAGGAAGAAACAACCUGUGGGAGGGCCCAGGGUUUCAUGGAGGAGUUGAUGUGCCAGGUGUUAGCACUGGGGGUACUGCCGGGCCUCUGGGCCGGGGGCCUCCAGCUGCUUUCUCUGUACUGAACUAGUCAGAAGGUAGGUUUGGGGCACACAAUGCAGGUUCCAGGCCAGACUCCGGCCCUCCCAGGCUGUGUGCCAAGUCAUUCCCCUUCCUGGGGUCUUGGGUUUCUCUCUAGAAAGGCUGGGCAGACUGGUUACCUACCACCUAGAAUCCGGAGGCUGAGGCCCAGGCCAGGUUCUUAAUGUAUAUCCCUGAUCUCUCCUCUCAGGACUCUGAGCCCUGCCCAGCCAAACCUGGGCACCAGGUGAGGACUCAACAGGGAGGGUUGUGCACAGGCACAUUCACACUGCCACACACACAUACGCACAUGCCCACCUGCAGUGAAAGCCCUCAUAGUCGUGCCAGCCCCAGAUGUGUACACACUCACUCAUGUUCUCGAGCACACUCAGACACCCACACACUCCAGAUCCCAGCUCUCGGAGCUGGGGGCAGGGCAGGUGCCCUUCAUGAACAGAGACUCGGCUCCUCUGCCCGCCCCGUGGAGCUCGCUGCAGAUGCCAGGGGUUAUUUUAAGCCUGGAUCAAUGGAUGACUUUUGGUGAUACAGGCUUGGGGGCGGCGGGCAGUGGAGAUGAGGGGCCGGUGCUCUGGAGCCUUGUCAUGGAGAGAGAUCCCAGGGUCCAGGGAGGGCAACUUGGACAAGGGGGUCCCCCCUUAACUGGACUGCUCCAUCUCUAGAUCCCCUUGCCAAGCACAUGGCUGGGCACCUGGGGGACGGUGUCAGCUGAGUGGACGGUCAGACCCCAGGCUCCACCAGUCAGCUGUGGUCUCUCUUUGCAUUUGCCCUCUCUGGGUCAUCCUCCACCCCAAGGCUGAAUGUUCACAUGGAGAGGGCAUUGAGUGCCUGGCACGGACCCAGUAGAUGUGGGCAUCUAUGGUUCCUGGCUGACCCCUAAGCCAGACUGAGAUGGGGAGGAAGCCAUGGGUGUGGGGAGGAGUUGGAGGUUGGACAUCAGUCCCUUGGGGCUAUGGUAUCGGGGUGUCUGGAAUCCAGCUCCUUCAUUGGAUAAAUGGAGACAUAUAUCCUGAUUGCGAUCAAUUUGGGGUGGAAGCUGGGCAGGGCAUCCAAUGAUGCCAAGAGAGUAGGUGCAGGAGAGGGGCCCAGGGAGGAGCACAGCAUUGGAAGACUUGCUCUGGGUCCAACAGGGUCAUGUUACCCAGGAAGAGGUCACAGUCCUGGGGAGCAGUGACAAGCCUCUUGAAACCUAGUGCCCAGCAAUAGGGUGGGAAAGAGGGCAGACGCAGUCACCCUCCGAGACUCAGUGACCCGGAGGGCUGCUUGGCAGUGUGUGUUGGGGGCAUGGAUACAAACUAGGCAGUCUGUGCCAUGGAUUCCAUUUUCUAGGAAUACCAGCUAAACAAGCAGCAAAGGAUGCACCAGAAAACACAAAGUCCUAAAGCAGAAUAAUAUACGGAAGGUUUGACAGCAAGGAGUAAAUGAAAAACCAGUUACAAAGCAGUUUGUAAAUCAUCAGUUUUCCCUGGUAAUGACUAAGGCAAUUUCAUUUUAUUCCUUUAUUCAUCUAUUUCCUUUUUUCUCUAAAAUUGUAAUAAAGCCUUUUAGUAGGGUAGGGUCUCCUGGGCUGGAUCCAAAGCAUGUUUGUGGGUGGAGGAGAGAGGAGCAGUCUGUUUUUGGCCAGGGCAUAAGGAAUGGGGGAGGGCUUUGUAGGGAGGUCACCCUCCUUCCUGUCUUAGCCCUGAAAUUAGCCUGUCAGCCCCUCAUCUCAUCAACAGAAAACCUGAUCCUCCUUUAAAUGUAAAUCUGUCUCCUUCCUACCUCCACCUCCUCCAUUUUUAUAAGCUGAUCCCAGUUACUGAGUGAAGACAGGAUGCAAGGGGGAGCAGGAAGGACGCAAGGAGCUCAAAUUCUUCAUCUGAAACUCGAGGCUAGAGUCACUUCAUUCAUUCAGCAGAUGUGGCAGAAGUCUGUACUGCGGGGACACCAGGGAACUGGCCCACGCAGUCGGUGCUCUCAUCUAGACAGUGGGAGGCCCCAUAUUGACCCCUCCCUGCCAGAAGAGACAGUUUCUGAUGUUAAAAUGAGAAACUGAGGCAGGGAAAAAACAAGGCACCUCACCUGGGUUGCUCGGAUCGCAUUGUGCAGUUAAAACAAACUUCACAAUCAUAACUGAGUAGUGCUCUGAGUAGGUUCCCUCCCGGGCCCUACCCCUACCCCCCGGGCUUGAGAAAGGACCUGAGGGUCCAGUGGGGACCAGGGCGAAGGGUCUGACAAGGGCUCUGCCCCAAGUGGAGUCCCUGAGGCUAAACCAAUCUCCUCCCUUUCUCACCUGGAAUGGCAGGAGAGAUCCAGGGAGCGCCAGACUAGGCCAUGUCCAUCGCUCAUAGGCGUGUGGUCACCGCAGGACCCCAGCCCAGCGUCCAGGAAGUUCUGGGACCCAGAUUCGUGUCCCAGGGUUAACACUGAAUCCUAGGCGGCCUGGAGAGAACCUAAACUUGGCCCUCUGCUGCGGUUCUGCUGGAAGUUUCCUUCCCAUUUAACAGCCAGAAAAUCGAGGCGCGCAGAAGGGAAUGGCCCUGCCUCAAGCCACACUUGUGUCUGGAUCGGAACUGGCGGAGGGCACGGGGAGGACGGGGUACAACAGCGACCCGCCAGGGCUUCCCGGUCCCUUCAGUCCCCGCACCUGUAAACACAUGCGCUCCCGCGGCGGGCCUAGUGUCCGAAGGAACAGUACCGAGAGCCUUGGGCUGCGUGCCCUGGAGCGCCCGAUCCGAGGACCGCUCGCGGCGGGCCUUUAGGGAGGGUCUCGGUGGGGCGCUCCGCCGGUGCGGGGCCCGCCGCGCCCCCGCCCUCCCGCCGCCGCGGCCGCGCUCCUCCCCCGGCCCUGCCUCCCUCCCGCCUGCCCUCCUUCCCCCGCUCCCUCCCUCCCCCGCCCGCCCGAGCCCGCGCGGAGCCGGAGCCGCAGCCAGAGCGCGGGCAGCGCGGAGCGGGCGGCGGGAAGGCAGUGGUAUCCGGCGGCCCGCCGCCCCCGCUAGGCCCGGGACUCGCACACCCGCCGGGCCGGGACCGCGCGCAGGCGAGGACCCGCCGCCCGGCCCGGGGUAGGGGCAGUCCCAGGGCGCCGACUGGCCAGCUCGGGUCCGAGGUGAGCCUCCGAAGAGUACGCGCCCACUGGAGACGCGGCCCCGCGAGGCCCAGACCGAACCCCGCCCCAGGACCUGGGGUCCUCGCGGGAGGCUGACGACACAGACGGUGUCUUCCAGGAGCCAGCGGCAGGGCGGCGAGGCGGGUGCGAUCCCAGCCGGCGCGGACCAGCGGGACCGGAGCGCGGCGGGAAGGAGCCGCGGCGCGCCGCCAUGCGCCGGGUGCUGUAGCCGAAGGCGCGGGCCCGAUGGAGCGGGCCGGGGUGCGGGGGCUGCGCGGCCGCCGCGGGCUGCCGGGGCUCGGGCUUGGGCUCUGGCUGGCGCUGCUGCUGGCGCGGCCGCCGUCGGGCCGCGCGGGGGCCCCCGAGGCGCAGGAGCCGGCGGCUCCAGGCACAGCGGCCCCAGCCGGGGGCGACCGCUGCCGCGGCUACUACGAUGUGAUGGGCCAGUGGGACCCGCCCUUCAACUGCAGCUCGGGCGCCUACAACUUCUGCUGCGGCACGUGCGGCUACCGCUUCUGCUGCCACGACGGGCCGCGGCGCCUGGACCAGAGCCGCUGCUCCAACUACGACACGCCGGCCUGGGUGCAGACUGGCCGGCCGCCCGCGCGCGCCCGCGACGCCGCCGCGCCCCGGGACCCGGGCCGCGAACGCAGCCACACGGCCGUCUACGCGGUGUGCGGCGUCGCCGCGCUGCUGGUGCUAGCGGGCAUCGGGGCGCGCCUGGGCCUGGAGAGAGCGCACAGCCCGCGCGCGCGGCGCACCGUGACCAGGACACUGACGGAGCUCCUGAAGCAGCCCGGCCCCCAGGAGCCACUGCCUCCACCUCUGGGCCCACCUCUGGGUAGCUGUGUCCAGGUGCAGAUGGGUGAUGGCCUUCCCCGGGGCUCCCCCCACAAAAGCACAGAUAAGAAACGCCCCAACAACGUGCCCCUGGGUUCGGUGACUGCGGGGCCCCCACGCGCACCCCGGCUGCAGGGCGGCGGCAACUUGACGCGGCAGCCCGACUUCGCCAAGUACGCCACCCUCAAGGCAGCCUCGCUCAAGGCCGCAGAGGCCUCCGCGCCAGAUUUCUACCAGCGUUUUCCCGCCACGGAACCCGCCCCGCUGACCCUCCCGGUGCGAGCCCGGAGGCCUCCCGAGGACUUGCCUGAGCUGCUCGACGCCUGCCCCUGGGCGCCCCCGGGCUACGCGCCCCCUGCCGGCUCCACCCCAUCGGGCCACUACAAGGCCUGGACCGCCGGCCGCCCAGUCCGGCCCGCUACCCGCGGCCACCUGGUGGUUCACGCCUCCCCGGCGCCGCGACGGGCGGGCCACGCGCCCCGGAGCCAGUUCAGCGUGGAGAAGCUGCCCGAGGCCUUCAGCCCGCAGGCCCCUGGCCUUUACGGCAGCGCGGUCCGCGGACCCCGGCACCUGAGCACCAACAGCAAAGCUGAGGUCACCGUGUGAAGAAGGGGCUGCCGAUUCUCUUGGAGGCGUUGCAGCGCCGGGAGCCCUCUUCUGCCCGGGAGACUUGCCACGGGCCUCAUCGGGUGGGCCCAGGCCGUGGAAGGAGGGGUGCCAGCCUUGAAGUCCAGCCCUUCUGCUGCCCAGACUGAACCAGGAGAAGCCUUGGAGUCUUGCAGGGCUGAGGCCCACUGGAUAAGGCCAGUGGUUCUGUCCUGGGGGCUCCUUGUGUAAGUAAACCCUUUUCUGUGACUCCCAUCCCUGAGAAUAAAGGGGCCCCAGCUUGGCUCUGAGAGGCA